AUGAAGUCCCUACUACUCACUCUUGCAACAUUUUUGCUCCUAGCCCAGUUGGUCUCAGGUAGUUGGUAUGUGAAAAAGUGUGCAAACAGAAUGGGAAAUUGCAGGAGCAAGUGCAGAACUGGAGAGAUACGGAUACAACCUCCUACUGGGAUGUGCAGCAAGGAAAAACUGUGCUGUAUUCUGUCUGGCAAAGAUUUGAAUCCUCUUAUCUGUGCAGACAACGUAAAAACCACAACCACAGCACAAGGUGCAGUAACUAAAAAUGUGGCGCCUACCGAGAAUAUGGCGUCUAUGGCGACUAUGGCGACUAUGGCGUCUAUGGGGUCUAUGGCGUCUAUGGCGAGUAUGUCAACUACCGUGGCUGCAGUGAAUACGAACUCGCGGGCCCCGUCGGUGAUUACUACUGCUGGUGCUGUUGUUUGA